AACAUAGUUUCAAAUGGGCUGUCUGGAAAGCUUUGAAUAACAAUACUUAAUACUUUGAGAACAUUGAAAUUAUUUUAUUUUGGUUAUCUUACUUGUGAUCCAAAGAGGGUGUUGUGGUAUCGGUUUUGAGAGAACUUCACAACCAAUGGGAAUCCUUUUGGAGUUAGCGUGGGGUGUCCUUAAUACUGGAAUAAUCCCGUUGGCCAGGACCCCGGAGCUGCUCAGAUGAGAAAAGGAUGCAGGAAAUUCUCUUGUUUACACAUGUGUCUGCAACUGAGACGCUAGCGCAGUCCCGCAAGCCCAGAGGGCUUUGAAAGACAAAUAUGAACCUAGAUUCCAUUCAUCGAUUAAUUGAGGAAACUCAAAUCUUCCAGAUGCAACAGUCAUCGAUCAAGCCACGCUGUGACAAGGAAGCUCCUAGCCCCUGCCCUAGGGACACCUGUGGUUCCUGCUUGCCACCUUGUGGGCUAUCCUCUCCUGCAGCCUGUGAUUUCAGUGCUCAUCCCUGCAACACCAACAAAUGGGAUAUUUGUGAGGAACUCCGCCGGCGCGAACUUGAGGAAGUCAAGGCCAGGGCGGCUCAGAUGGAAAAGACCAUGCGCUGGUGGUCAGACUGCACUGCCAACUGGAGAGAAAAAUGGAGUAAAGUUCGAGCCGAGAGGAACAGUGCCAGGGAGGAAGGAAGACAACUCAGAAUAAAACUAGAGAUGGCCAUGAAGGAGCUGAGCGCACUGAAAAAGAAGCAAAGUCUGUCACUUCAAAAGGAGGUGACAGAAGCCACAGUAACCCAGGACCUGGAGCUUCCUGGCUUUGCAGGGUCUCACCACCGGAAAGAACAGCUUCAAACUAGUUCAGCAAUGUGUGGCUCCAUCGGUUUGGAGAAAAGACAACUUGUUGAGGAGGAGGACACAAAGAGUAAGGAAGAAGGUGUGGUUCUUGAUUCAUUAAGAUUAAAUGAGGAGAUGAAACCAAAUCCGGAUUGCACUGAUUUGUUCAGGAAGGGUGGUUUUGGAAGCUGUGCCAUGAAGCCUGGGCUGAGACUGCCAGCAGGGAACCUGUCCCCAGAGAAUGCAGUGACUAAAGUCUCAUCCUGGCAGCUGCCUUUGGAAGACUUCCAAGAAAUCCUGUGGAAGGAGAGAGAGAUGCGUGUUGCUCUGGAAAAGGAGGUAGAACGCCUGGAGUCAGCUCUGUCCCUGUGGAAAUGGAAGUACGAGGAGCUAAAGGCCUCCAAGGAGGCCAACGUGCAAGAGCCUGACAUUCUUCACAGUCAACAUGAAAGUGAAACAGGAGGAAUUUCAGGAGAUAUAAAGGAAAAAUCUACACCUCAAAACAGCAAGGAUAGAGUCAUCUGUGAGCUAAGAGCAGAGCUAGAGAGAAUACAGGCUGAAAAUACAUUGGAAUGGGACAAGAGAGAGUUGCUGGAAACUGAAAAACAAGGAUUGGAGAGAGAAAAUAGAAGGCUAAAGGUCCAGGUGAAAGAAAUGGAAGAGCUCCUGGACAGGAAAAGCAGAUUAAGUGAAAACUUUCAAGGUCCUGAUUUCAAGACAUCCUACAGUGAACUACCGGAAAAGAACAAGGAAAUAGAAAAGGCGGGAGCACUUUGAUCGAGUUCUUGAUUGCUGCAGUCCUGAGGAUGCCAGACUCCUGCUCCUGCACUCUUCCAAAGAAGACUCUGAUCAGUGAUUCUUCAGGGAAUUUUUAGUCCUUUGGCCCUAGUGUUGGGUGGCAUCAUUGAUCUCUCUUCUUCUGAGUCUCCAGAUUCUUGCAUUGAACAGCUACAUUUCCUCCAGCCUCCAGCCUGCAUUUGGCCACUGUGGGACUCUCCAGCUUCUGAUUGUCUAAGCCUGUCUAACAAUCCCCUUUUCAUAAUCCCCUUUUCAUAAUUACGUGUGUGUGUGUGUUAGAGUCUGUAAACAAGUCAAGAUGGCGGCCUGGCAUUUUGGGAAAGGGAGUGGUUUGUGAAGUAAUGCCAGGGAGCCAUUAAGUGUGGAGAUUCCUUAUUGGUUGACUGCUGUAUCUAGUUUAUGUUAAUUAGAUAAGCUGUGUGGAAUGUAUAUAUACCCCUCCUGUCCUACAAUAAAAGGCUUGUACUCCUGCUG